CCUCAGACAAAAAACAAAAAAUUUCAAAUAAAUACUCAGACAAGAUACCCUUUCGGAGAACACACACACACACACACACAGAGAAAAUCCCACUCGUCCUUUUUCCUUCGAUUGACAGCUGCUCGGCGCAUCUUGCAGACCAUUACGAAAAUUGUCCAUUUCCACUGAUUUCUUCGGCACCCAUAAUUCAAAAUUGAAUCUUGAUGGGGGGCAGCUCUCUGUUAGGACGGGUGUGUGGUCUGUGACCCAGAUGGGCUCCGACAGAGAUUCUUGAUUCUUGUUCUUCUUCCGGGGUCUGGGAUCUUGGAGAUUCUCUCUCGCCGGUGCUAGCAAUGGUUGCAGAACCUUGGAUACUGAAGAUGGGGAACCAGGUAAGCUCCAAUCUGAAGCACGCACUCCUCUUGGAAGCUUCGAGGAAGAAGACCCACAGCCCUGCUAGGAAGCAAGAGCCCAAGCAGGUCCUCGGGAUCCUGUCCUUCGAGGUUGCCAACGUUAUGUCCAAAACUGUGCACUUGCACAAGUCCUUGUCCGACCCCGAAAUCUCUCGGCUCAAGAACGAGAUCUUGAAGUCCGAGGGCGUGGUCCGGUUGGUCUCCUCGGACCAGUCCCGGGUCCUCGAGCUUGUCCUUGCCGAGAAGCUGGACGAGCUUAACCGGGUCGCGGCCGUUAUCUCUCGGCUCGGCCGGAAGUGCACCGAGCCCGCCCUUCAAGGGUUUGAGCAUGUCUAUGGGGAUAUAGUGAAUGGUCUGAUUGAUUUUAAGGAGUUGGGGUUCUUGGUGAAGGACAUGGAGGGGAUGGUGAGGAGAAUGGAGCGGUACGUGAGCUCUACCUCGAGUCUUUAUAACGAGAUGGAGGUGUUGAGUGAGUUGGAGCAGGCCACUAAGAAGUUCCACAAUACCCAGCACGAGGAGAGCCGCCGAGCUUUCGAGCAGAAGCUCGCUUGGCAGAGGCAGGAUGUUAGGCAUCUCAAGGAGGUCUCCUUAUGGAGCCAGACUUACGACAAGGCCGUCGAGCUGUUGGCUAGGACUGCUUGUACAAUUUAUGCAAGAAUUUGUACUGUGUUUGGGGACUCUGUGCUGAGAGGAGGCCUUCCGAUGCUUGUUGGUGAUUUAUUGCCUUCGAAGACGGACAAUGAGUGUCCCCGAACUUCAGGUAGUGUUUGUGUCAUUUCUGGGCCAUUGAAACGGUCUCAGAGCAAGAGCAGCAAUCAGUUCCAUUCAGGCUCGAUCGAGAGGAGAGGGCCUACUAAUGGCUUCAGGCCCCAGCUCAAUUCACGGAGGCCUGAGGCUGCUGACUUGUUUAGGGCAGAGGAUUUCAAUUUCCCGUGUGUGACUAGCCCUGGGAGGAUUUUCAUGGACUGCCUCAGUCUGAGCAGUUCUGUUUCCAGGAUUGACGAUGAUGAUGACAGUAAUACUGAUAUUGCAGAUCACGAUGACAGGAGUAGCCGAGUUUCAGGUUGUUGUAGUGUUGCAAGUGGUGGGUUAAAAGGAGAGAUCCCCAGCCUUAACCAGUCCCGCAGUGCUUUGUCUUGUAUUGGAAGUCGAAGGCAACAGAACAACUGGGGCACAGUUGUGAAUUCACAGUUCGGCCCUAAGAGUAGGAUCACAUUUUAUGCUCCGCCAUCUACUGUGGGAGGUUCUGCGCUGGCCCUGCAUUAUGCUAACCUAAUAAUUGUAAUAGAGAAACUCCUUCGAUACCCCCAUUUGGUGGGUGAGGAAGCACGGGACGAUCUUUAUCAGAUGCUGCCCUCUAGUUUGAGGACUUCCUUGAAGAAUAGCUUAAAGGCUUAUGUGAAAAGCAUGGCAAUUUAUGAUGCCCCUCUGGCUCACGACUGGAAGGAGAGAGUCGACAGGAUCUUGAGGUGGCUCGCUCCACUAGCACACAACAUGAUUAGGUGGCAGAGCGAGCGGAACUUUGAGCAGCACCAGAUUGUGACGAGGACAAAUGUUCUUCUGGUCCAGACCCUGUAUUUUGCUGAUAGGGACAAGACCGAGGUGGUUAUAUGCGAGCUUUUGGUUGGGUUGAACUAUAUCUGUCGUUACGAACAUCAGCAGAAUGCACUGUUGGACUGCGCAAGCAGUUUCGACUAUGAAGACUGCUUGGAGUGGCAGAUGCAGUGUUCUGCUGCAGCUUAUCUCAAUUGAAAGGAAUCUGUAUGAAUAUAUGAGCUGAAGCACUACCUUCGGUGAAGAUUUGUUGGUUUGACUUGUGGAGAGGUAUGACGAUUUUUGGCUUUUGAAGUUCACAGAUUCAAUAGUUUAUGGGAAGAUCAUUGUAUAUAUAUUAUCAGUGUACAGGAUUCAAUUGAGUCCAACAGCCGCACCUGAUGUUAUUGGCUGCAUCUUUCUCUUGUUUUUUUGGCAUAUGCCUAGCUGUUGUUGAAAACUUUUGAAGGAUUCAUCAACUGUUUGUCAGUUCAUAGCGAUGCCAUCAAACAAUUGACUUGCAGAGUCAUGUGCUGUGAUCGAAAUUACUCUCACUGGAAACAUGAUUUUGCAAGUUAUUGAUUUGAUGGGCAGGUGGAACUGCUGCUACUUGUAGUCAAAAUGUAUUUCUUUCUGUUGAAAAUGACCUCACAUGCACCGGAAAGAAACUUUGUCGACUAGAAUAGGCGCUUACAUUCUGAUGGUUUCCAUGGCUAUUGGAUAACACAAUUCCCAGUUUGUCGUAUCUACUCAUGUUGCACCUUGUGAAUGUUCAUCGACACCAUCAGCUACUAUCUGUCUUACUGGUGCAUUAUAAUGUACCAUAUGCGGGAUUUCACAUUGCCCUUUUGAUUAUAUUACUGGAAAGUUAGUGAUGGAACAUUGUUUGUCCAGCCUCCAUGAAGAGUACGGAUAUUAGUACAGCUUCUUGAUGUAAAAUUUCAAUUCCGGCAUGUGAACUGAUGCUUUUACCGUACCUGUGAUAUUGUUGAGGAUGUGCUCGGACAUGUUGGAACUGCCAUUGGGUUGUAUUAUAUGUUGGCAUUAUAUGAGAAUAUGAGCUGCUA